AUGAAGAUGUCAUUCGUUGCGAUCGCUCUGGCCCUGGCGUACUUCGUGUCGUUCGUCUUUGCGGUCAACCAACCGAGCAUCGUGACGUCCCCGGAUGAGCGCAUGCAGGUCGCCAAGCAGCUCAAGGAGCUCAUGUCCCGCAACCCGAGCUCGGUGGACCCGGCUGUCGCCGCCAUGUCGACGGAGGACCUCUUCAGUAUGCUUUCGGGUCUCAUCUCGAACCCGUCGGUGCUCUCCAAUGUUGGAAAUCUCGUCAAGGCGGCGACCAGCGGCGACAUCGGCGGGGUGGCCACUUCUGCGACGGGACUGCUGGGUGCGGCUCUUCCUGCUGCGGUGUCGGCUUUCACCCCUGGGACUCCGGCUGCUGCGGUUCCCAUGGCUGCUGCACCUGCGUCGUAG